CUUCUACUCUGUUAAAAAAAAGGCACAUGUUCAGGGAAAUCGGUAUAUCGGCUAAAGUUGCAUAUACAUGCUUUAUUUAUGUCUCCAUUUUUGGCUCUCCCUUCCUCUUCCGUUCCCCUUUUUUCUCCAUCUAUGUAAAUGACGCUUCUUUCUCCAACUUGUUUCGUUUCGUGUCCUUCACCGACCAUCCUUACUUCAGAUUCACCGCCGCCAUAUCCGCCGACCCCCAUUUAUCGACGGACAAAACGACGUUAUCGGGUGUGCCAUAUUUGCGAUAGCCGCGAUGCCCCUCAAUCCAUGAUUCGAUUUCUAGAACCGUUUUUAAUUCACACCACCAAAAGAGACAUGGUGAACAUCUGCCUAUGCCCUAAGAAAGCGCACGCCGUGUGUGUCAUGCAAAUCAAAGAUGAAUACAGAUGCGACACCUGUCAACAUGUGUAUCAACUUCGUUGGCGAGUGGGCUGGACCCGGUUUAUCUGCGUCAUGAUUCAUGUGCUGAGUCUAGGUUCGACGGUGGGACUGGUCGUUGGGCUCGCUCAUUUGGGUCAAGCACUGGACCAGCUUGCCUUGGGAAGCGAAGCAGGAGCCAAGCUGGACGGCGACGAGACAUGGCAGGAUCACGAAAUGCAACAGAUUGUCGAAUGGCUCAAUAUCGUUCACUUUACAACCGGCCUGGCCGGCGAAGCUUUACUGGGACUGGUGUACUUGACAGGUCUCUGCAGCGUCAUUGGGUUGGACCGUACGCUUGAUAUGAUUAGAAGCAUCCUUCGCAUCAAUCUGGAACCUAUCAUGAGGCUACCGUUGCCACGACGUCUGAAUCUGAUCGUGAUAAGCACUAUUACAUUACCUUUGCUGUCGUACCAUGAACGUGCGCAUUGUCAAGCCACAGCCCACUUCCGACAUACCAUGAAACCACACUCCGAAAUCCCCAUGGCCGCAUGUUGACAUGUUACACAAUGGGAGCGAGUGCCAAAUGAUAAACAAUAAACGCAUGUAAACAUCAUCAAUGGUUACUCUCCAAAAUCACUGUAUUUUAAUACGCGUACUUACAUUGAAAUAAGAGCUUAAUCUACCCUCCCUUAAUGUAGGAUAAUUUUUUCCAUGGAACAGAAGAGCUUUGUUUAAUUCUCAAGCACUUGUCUAACGAGGGUACGUCUCGCUUUAAAAGAAGUAAUUCGCUACAACAGUAAAGUUCGAAGAAAAAUGUCUUUUGUUCGUGCCAUCGAUCGAUAUUGCUGCGGC